AUGGGCUGGCAGCCUCUCGAAUACAGGCUGGAGUGCGGGGUGAGGCAGCGGGGGUUGAGCUCACCCAUGCUCUUCAAUCUGUAUGUCAACGAGCUCAUAGUUGGGCUCAGCAGCGAGCGUGUCGGCUGCUCGGUUGAUGGUGUUUGUAUAAACAACAUUAGCUACGCGGAUGACAUGGUGCUGCUGGGUCCAAGUGUAGGCUCUAUAAGAAGGCUGUCAGCUAUCUGUGAAAGGUAUGCGAUGCAACAUGGGCUCAAAUAUAAUUGUCAAAAAAGCAACUAUUUGGUCUUCAGAGUCCCUGGUAAGAAUAUAUGUAAUAUUCCGCCAAUAAAGCUGAAUGGUGUUGAGCUUAAGAAAGUUCAACAUUUUAAGUACCUUGGACAAUACGUCACCGAAGACCUCGAAGACCAAAUGGAUAUUGUGAGGGAACGCAGGGCACUGGCGGUGAGGAGUAAUAUGCUGGCUCGUAGAUAUACUCAAAGAACGCUUAGUGCCUUUCGCGUUCAGUACAACAAUGGUUUCAGGUUGAUGUUGGGGCUGCCCAGCUUUUGCAGUGCUUCGGCAAUGUUCGCGGAUGCGAGAGUGGACGGCUUCCAUGCCAUCCAACGCAAAAGACCCGCUUCAUUGCUGAGGAGGUUGCGGGGUAGCUCUAACAUCAUUCUGCAAACCAUUGCUACUUAUUCAAGCGCUGUGCUUGACUUCCAGUUCAUUGGGUAA